AUGCACUCUGCUGCAGUACUCGCUCUCAGACUCUCAGCUUUCGUCGCAGUCGCCAGGGCCUUGCAAAUUACCAGUGAUAACCCAACAUUCCCAGCUGCCGGCAGGGCAGGAUGUAUCACUGCAUCCUCCAACACCACCGGUGCUGCAGUCGUCAUUCAAGACUGCGGUGCGGGAGUCUCUGAGCAAAACUGGGCUUUCACGCAGAGUUCUCAACCUCAGCCACUCAGGGUUCUCGGCGACAAGUGUUUGGACGUAAUUGACGGCAACAAUGCUGAUGGUACCAAACUCCAAAUCUGGACUUGUGUCCCCGGAAGCACGAAUCAGCUUUUCAUCCCCUUCGCUGAUUCCAUUCAAUGGGCCGGAACGAACAAAUGUAUCGAUCUCACCGACGGCAACAUCAGUAACGGAAAUCAGUUACAAAUCUGGACCUGUGACUCGAACAACUCCAAUCAGAGGUGGACUGCCAAUUCCGUUUCCCCUCCACCGCCGGUACAAACAGUCCGACUUUUGGCAACUGGAGCAGGUCAGCACGCAGCGUCCGUUUGCAUGGGAGCAACUUCCAAUACCGAUGGAACUACUGUCACACUCGCCUCGUGUGGUGACUCGAACGCCGUCAACUGGGUUCCUCCCCCUCAGGGAGCUAACCCUAAUACAUUCACGGGCCAGAUCAAGACGGCUGAUGGGACCAAAUGCCUCGAUGUUCGUGAUGGAAAUCCGUCCAAUGGGAAUUUACUCCAGAUUUGGUCGUGCACGGAUGGGAACACGAAUCAGUUGUGGCAGGUUGCUAAACCAGAGAAUUUGACGACGGUUACGAUUUCUUGGGUUGGACAAAAUAAGUGUGUGGAUGUGAAAGACGGUGUCUAUACGGCUGGUACUGAUGCAUGUUUUGUUUCCUCGCUUGUCGCUUUUUUGUCUUGA